GAUGAUGGUUAAUAUAUGGCUUCUUGCCUUGAUGAUAAAAUUACUACAUGGGGUGACAGGUUCCUUGGUGAAACUCAACAAUGGUGGAUUUGAAGACAUUGUUAUUGCAAUUAAUCCUCAGUUACCAGAAGAUGACAACAUUGUCAACAGUUUAAAGGAAAUGGUUAAAGAAGCAUCUACUUAUCUGUUCAGUGCCACAAAACAAAGGUUUUAUUUCAAGUCUGUAAAAAUUAUAGUUCCUUUGACAUGGGAAAGCAAAAGUGAAUACAGAAGAGUAACCAUGGAAUCCUAUGAAAAGGCAGAUAUCAUAGUGGCUGAGCCUUUCCUGAAAUAUGGAGAUGAUCCAUAUACCUUGCAAUAUGGUGGAUGUGGAGAACAGGGACGAUAUAUUCAUUUCACAUCAAACUUUCUGACAAAUGACAGUUUGCAUGAUGUCUAUGGACCACGAGGUAGAGUCUUGGUCCAUGAGUGGGCUCAUCUCAGAUGGGGUGUAUUUGAUGAAUACAACAAUGAUGCACCUUUCUAUCCUGCUGGGCAAAACAGGGUUGAAGCAACAAGAUGCUCAGCUGAUGUCACUGGUCAAUAUGUAUUCCCAACUAAAGAUGGAAAAACCAGGACAUGCAGAUAUGAUCAUCGAACUCAGGUGUAUGAAGCUGGGUGCCAGUUUGUACCAGAUAGAAAGCAAAGUACUCCAGCAUCUAUAAUGUACAUGCAAAGUCUCUCUUCAGUUACAGAGUUCUGCAACAGCAGUAGCCAUAAUGUUAAUGCAGCAAAUUUGCAUAACAAACUAUGCAAGUACAGAAGCACCUGGGAAGUAAUCACAACAUCUCAAGAUUUUGUUGAUUCAUCACCAUUAAGUGUUCCUCCACCUGCCCCAACUUUCUCCUUGCUACAAACCCAGGAUAGAGUUUUAUGUUUAGUACUUGAUGUUUCUGGUAGUAUGGCUUCCAAUAAUCGAAUUGAUCGUCUGAAUCAAGCUGCAGAAAUAUUUAUCCGUCAGAUUACUGAAAUACCUUCCUGGGUUGGAAUUGUCACAUUCAAUAGUGCUGCAACAAUUCAGACUGGUCUUCAACAGAUAAUCAGUGAUAAUGUGCGCGAUUCUCUUAUACGCCUUUUGCCUACAUCAGCUGAUGGAGGAACUAAAAUCUGUACAGGAGUUCAAAAAGGAUUUGAUGUGUUUUUACAGAGUUACUCAAGUACUGAGGGCUAUGAAAUUGUGCUGUUAACAGAUGGAGAAGAUUCAGAUGUAAGUUCUUGCUUUAGCACAGUUCAAAAAAGUGGGUCAGUAAUCCAUACCAUUGCCUUGGGACCAAGUGCUGAAAAAGAAUUGGAAAUGUUGGCAGACAUGACAGGAGGUUUGAAAUUUUCUGCUACUGAUAGCUUGGAUUCUAACAGUCUUAUAGACGCUUUCGCUGGGAUUUCUUCAAGGGAUGGAAAUAUCUCGCAACAAGCUAUUCAGCUUGAAAGCAAAGGUCAGAGCAUCAAACCCAUGGAGUGGCUAAAUGGUACUGUAUCCCUUGAUAAAACUGUGGGAAAUGACACUUACUUUGUAAUUACUUGGAGUGACCGCAUACACCCACCUGGAAUAUUUCUGACUGAUCCAAAAGGGAAAAAGUACAAUCAAACAGACUUUGUAACUGAUAAUACCAAUCACCAUAUGGCUCGACUCAAGAUCAGUGGAACUGCAGAGGCAGGAGACUGGAGUUAUGCAAUCCAAAGUACACACACAGCAGGAGCUCAAGUCAUAUCGAUGACAGUCACCACUCGAGCUGCGUCUCUGACUGUGCCUCCAGUGACUGUGAAGUCCUAUUUGAAUAAAGAUACCAAUAACUACCCUAAUCCAAUGAUCAUUUAUGCAGAAGUGAGUCAGGGUUUUUUGCCUGUUAUUGGUGCAAAUGUCACAGCCACUGUUGAACCAGCAUCUGGCACUGCUAUAGAACUAGAACUUUAUGACACUGGUUCAAGUCCUGAUAUUUUCAAGAAUGAUGGAAUCUACUCAAGGUAUUUCACAUCUUUCAAUGGAGAUGGAAGAUACAACAUAAAAAUACGUGUCCAAGGGAAAGAUAAGACUGUCAGACGUGUCCGUAGAUAUAGUCAAGCUCUGUAUGUGCCAGGAUAUGUAGAAAAUGGUGUAAUAAAAAUGAACACGCCAAGACCUGAAGUCAGUGAGGAUGAAAUCCAACCAGACAUUGGAAAUUUCAGCAGAAUUGCAUCAGGAGGUUCUUUUGUACUGGCAGGAGCUCCUCCAAGCGGUUCAAGUCCUCCUCCAGAUGUCUUUCCACCCUGUAAAAUCACUGACCUUGAAGCGCAGUUAGAAGAUGAUGAAUUCCUUUUGUCCUGGACAGCUCCUGGGAAUGACUAUGAUAUUGGGAAAGUGGAAAGAUAUGAAAUAAAAAUGAGUAAAAAUCCCUUGGAAUUAAGAGAUGCUACCUUUCAUACAGCCAUUUCUGUGAACACAUCUGGUCUGACAACUGAGUUUGCAGGGAUCAAACAAUCCUUUCAAUUUAAGCCUGAAAACUUCACAAAAGAAAAUGGCACCACCAUCUACUUUGCAAUUCGUGGCAUUGAUGACAGCAACAAUGUUGGAGAAGCAUCCAAUAUAGCAAGAACAGUUGUCCUUGUUUCCACAUUUCCUACUACCCUCCCUAGUACAGCGAGCAGUUACACUAUGACCUCUGUCACGACUACUCACUUCUUUCUUUGUGUGUGUGUGUGUUAUGUGGUUAGAUAAAGUGUGUCUUUAACUCAUUAUUUCUCUUUCUCUUUGGGUGUGUAAUGCGGCCACCAGGGAUUUAAUUCCAAUCUUAUUAUUUAACCUUUCCCAUAGAAUUGUGCCCAAGCUCUAA